AAAAAAUUUAAUCAAUGCAAUAACCACAAGGGUAGUAACCAAUACAGCCAAUCGACUUUUAUCAGGAAGAAUACAAAGAUGCAGUUAGAAUGUCUUGGAAUACAUUACCAGCAACCAAAUUGUAAAGUACAAGAGCAAUUGUUCCCAUGGGAUGUCUCUAUAGUAUCUAAUUAAUUAAUGUUAGCACCAAUGAAGGAUUUGGAAUCACUUGUCUUAGUGCAGUAUUCACCACUUUAUUGUAAAUGUGGUGCCAUUUUGAAUCCAUACAAUUAAAUAGAUUUCAGAAAUAAAUAAUGGACAUGCGUAUUCUGCUCUUGCAAAAACAUGUUCCCAAAACAUUAUGCAGAUCACAUUACCGAAACACAAUUGCCUGCUGAAUUAAAAAAGACUAGCACAACUAUGGAAUAUAUCCUAGCAAACUAAUAAGCUGCACCAACUACUUUCUUAUAUAUAAUUGAUACUUGUAUCCCUUAAGAGGAUCUAUAAGCUAUCAGGGAUUCAAUUUAAUAAAGUCUGUCCAUCAUUCCUCCUGAUUCAUAAGUUGGACUUAUCACUUUUGGAAGAAAUGUUUUUGUACAUGAAUUAGGAUUCUAAGAAUGUCCAAAAUGCUAUAGUUUCAAGGGAUCUAAAGAUUAUACAACUUAAUAAAUAUUGGAAAUGUUAUAAGUGAGUACAAAACCGGAAAUUUUGAAAAGAUUCUUAGUACCCUUAAGCGAAUGCGAAUUUUCAUUCAACUCUAUAUUGGAUGAUCUCUAAUGCGACCCAUGGCCUACUCUACCAGGAGAGAGAGAAGUUAGAGCAAAUGGCUCUGCAUUAAAAAUUGGUUCGACUUUGGUUGAAAGUGCCACUCAAUUCUCAAAAAUUCUCUUUUUUGUUGGGGGACCUUGUACAACAGGACCUGGAUAAGUAGUAGGGUUGAAAUUGGAAGAAACAAUCAGAUCCUAUUUGGAUAUGUAGAAGGAAAAUCCAAAUACUUAAUAUUUAUAGAAAGCCAAAAAGUUUUAUAAUGAAAUUGCUUAGAGAGCCAUAAAAGCUAGUUUAACAGUUGAUAUAUUCGCAUUCACUCUAGAUCAAUUCGGUCUGCUGGAAAUGAAGUAAAUAGCUGAGAAAACAGGUGGAGUUGUGGUAAUGUAAGAAAAAUUUGACUCUGAUGUUUUCAAAGAGACAUAUAAAAAACUGUUUGAUAAAGAUGCUUCUGGUUUUCUUAAGAUGGGAUUUGGAUCAAAAAUAGAUUUAUUUGUAUCAAAGGAUAUAAAGGUUUAAGGAGGAGUAGGACCAUGUAUUUCAUUGAAGAAAGCAGGUCCUAUGGUAUCUGAAGUAUCUCUAGGAGAGGGUGGAACAACAAGUUGGUAUACUGGUGGUUUGGAUAGAAACUCCACCAUAUUAUUCUUAUUUGAUUUAUCAUCCACUAAAGACACUUCAUUUUCAUAAUGUGCUUACAUUCAAUUUGUUACAAUGUAUAGACACUCGAGCAGAUUGUAAAGAUUGAGAGUAACAACAAUACAAAGAAGAUUUGCAGAUCACAAUAACAUUAUGGACAUGAUAAGAGGAUUUGAUCAAGAAGCUGCUUGUGUUACCAUGGCAAGAGUAGGUAUUUUGAAGGCAGAAUCUGAAGAAUCAAUUGAAGUUUUAAAAUGGCUAGAUAGAUCACUAAUCCGAGUUGUGGCUAGAUUUGGAUCAUAUAGAAAAGAUGAUGUGAGUUCCUUCAGAUUCCCGUAAGAAAUGAUGAUGUAUCCAUAAUUUAUGUAUCAUCUCAGAAGAUCUCAUUUCAUCACUACUUUUGGUGCUUCACCUGAUGAAACCACUUUUUAUAGAGUAAGUAUAUAUAAAAUCAUCUUUAGGCUUCUUUAUCAAGAGAAAGUGUUCAAAAUGCUUUAGUUAUGAUUCAACCUGCUUUGCUAUAAUAUACGAUCGAUGAUCCAGCUGCUAAUGCUGUCAAUUUGGAUAUUCAAAGUAUGAAACCUGAUGUGGUAUUACUUUUGGAUACCUACUUUAAUGUUGUCGUAUGGAAUGGUGAAAAUGUUCAAAAAUGGAUUGAAGAAGGCUAUUAUGAUAAUCCUGAAUAUGAAUAUGUUAAAGAGUUAAUAGAUGCUCCUAAUUCAGACGUACAGGUAAUCAUACAUUCUAAUAUUUUCAGUAUAUUUUGGAAGAUAGAUUCCCUGUUCCUAAAUUGAUUAAGACCUAUUUUGGUCAUGGAUAAGAGAGAUAUUUAAAAAGUAGAGUGAAUCCAUCAGUCAAUACAGUUCAGAAUGAAAAUGUGGAAAGCGGUAAUUAUAUCACAGACGACGCAAGUCUUAAAGUAUUUACGGACCAUCUUAUUCGCUUAGCUGUAUAAACUGUAUAAUGA